AUGUUCCCGAUCCGUCAGAAGUUCUUCUGUUCUACAGCAAUUGUCACAUUUAUCAUAUUAUUGUUAUAUUCGGACGUGACGAAACGUCGAGCAAUUGUGAAUAAUCGCAGGUAUUGAAGAAUUAGUACUGUUUUGUUGAACCGGAUUUUUCAGAUUCUUCAAUCCGGAAAAACUGAAAUCGAGUCAGACAGAGCCAGUUGCAGCAGUGAAAGCGGGCGGAAAGUGGAUAGUAGUGACGAGUAUAAGUGGUCCGACGGAAGACGUCAAAGUGAGUGGACAAUAGUUUCAAAUUGAUACGGUACUUACUCGUUUGAAGAGACUCUCCUCGUUCGCCGACUGGAAUCUAGUAGUCGUGGCAGAUACGAAGACUCCAAAUGACUGGGAACUGGAAAGCGUUCACUUCCUUUCCGUCGACUAUCAGAUGAAUUUACGUGAGUAUUCGCAAGGGAAAUACUUUCAGAUACUGAUGAUAUUUACAGCGUUUUCGGUAGUAAAUGGACUUCCUUUCAAGUCAUACACCCGCAAAAAUAUAGGAUAUUUGUACGCGAUUUCUCAGGGAGCCGAGUGGAUUUAUGAUACGGACGACGAUAAUAAACCAUACGGAAAGUUGCUAUUAUUUGUUCACUUUUUAAAAGGAAAGCACAUUUCAGGCCGUGGAUUGGAUCAAUUUGACUAUGAGGACGAAGUUUCUGGGAUACGAUAUACUGGGCAGGAGGGAAAGGGGUUACGGUAGAACACUUUUGAAGAUUAUUCCUCCUAUGAUUCAUUGUUUUAGAGGACGACUAUUCAAUCCUUACCGCUUCUUCGGAAUGGAUCAAAUGUGGCCGAGAGGAUUUCCACUCGAACAUCUGCAAGUAUACAAUAUCAGAAUGAGAUUUUCCUCAAACAUUUCCUUCAGAAGCACACGAACGGGAACGAUAGUCAGGUGUUGUGCAAGAGGAUGAAAAGAGCGGCGGUUCAGCAGGGACUAGUCCAUCACGAUCCGGAUGUCGAUGCCAUCUACAGGUACAGUAACUCUACCGUAACCCUUCCGUCUACAGUAAUCCCCUUUGCAGACUUCUUAACGCGGACGAAAAGACGGGAUUGGAUGUUAAAUUCAACAAAUUCGGACCGCCCAUCACCCUUUCUGUGGGCACUUAUUCCCCUUGGAACUCUCAGAAUACACUAUUCCACAGAUCCGCAUUCCACACUCUCUUCCUGCCCACUACAGUAUCCUUCAGGUACUGUACCUCCAGCACCGUCUCAAUUAUAUUGUACUUUUGCAGAACGACAGACAUUUGGAGGUCGUUCAUCUCGCAGAAAAUCCUAAAUUUAUCAGGAUUGAGUGUCUCUUUCGUGGCGACGAAUGCGGUGCAAGUGAGGAAUGCGCACGACUAUCUGAACGACUUGAGGGACGAAAAACAAGUUUACGAAGAAAGCGGCAAGAUGCUCGAGUACCUGCACGGAUGGAAAUGUUCUCGAACGAAUACGGUCGAGUGCAUAAGAGAGCUGGCCGGCGGGCUCGCGGAGCAGCAGUUCUGGGCACAGGAAGACGUGGAGCUCGCCUUCAAGUUCAUCAGUGAUCUGCAGGAUUUGGGGUGAUAUUGUUUUGUCCCGUACAAUUAAUACAAUCGAUUUGAAGAUUCGAAUUUCCGGCGUUGAUCGAGGAGAACUACGUGGAUCCGUACUCUGUCCAAACGAACGAAUCGUCGAGAGAUGUGAACUGCCGAAGGAUGAGACUGGAAUUCGAACUGAGGGAUCCGAAACAAGAAGAAACGCUGGUGGGUGACUACGAAUUCACAGUCGGAACCUUCAAAAAUGGACUGCAGAGUGUGCAGAAAGCAGUGCAAAAGAUCAACAACUUUGGAGAAAUCAUCGAUUGGUGCAAUCAAUCCGGCUACUCAAGUUGACCGUUCUAUUCAUUCUUCCAACUCAAAUUCCAAAGUUUCAGAUCUCUCCAGAAUAUUCCCGUCCCCUGAGCAAUUGGCAGAAGAACAUGAUAACGAAUACGUCCUGCAGAGAGACAAGAAUACAGUAAUCCACUCGAAGAAGAAUUCAGAAUAAAAUCGAGUGUUGCAGGUCCUGAUAGUAGCUAAUAAUUAUCCGUGGAAGUGGGGAAUCGGCGUCAUUCAACGUCUUUAUCAGCCCUAUUUCGCAUCGGUUAUCUUCUGUGGUUCCUGGUAUCCGGAGAACAUUUCCAGUGGUAAAACGGGAGUGCCUCGUUCCGUAUUCUCAUCAGAAUAUUCUUCAGGAGACAACUACACUUCCCCCUUGUUUCCCCUCAACUUCGUGCACAUGAAUCCGGCCGAAAUGCUCCGUGGUUACUUUGCGUAUCACUGUGUUACUCUUGUCCAUCAAAUGCGAUUAUCCAAUGUCGACGGGUACUUUUUGAUGGCCGACGACGCUGUUUUCAACAUUUGGCAGCGGAUCGACUACUCGCGGGUUCAUCAUACAGUUGGAGACUCUCAUACCAAUACAGGCAAUUGGUGGAAUAGUGCCUACGGCAAGUGCCAUUUUCAAACUUCUGGAGAAUAUGAGUAGGGGGCGCAACAAAGGGGGCGUGGCCUGCCGAAUUUUCUCCUCGAUCGCGCCCACGCAUGUUUGAGGGCCUGUACCGUGGUCCCCAAACCAAGUACCAUACUCAAAAAUUUUUACUUUAUGUAAUCGGUCAUGCUGAAUCGAAUUAUCAACUCCGUUUUCCAUUAAAACGCGCAGUUUUCUCAAAAAAAGGCGAAAACGAAAAUGGAAGUUAGUCUGAGAGCCACUGUGGCCGGAGUUUGUGCAACACGCGGCUUCUGAGAAGUGAUUCUUACAGUUUAAGGGAUGGGGUAUCCGUUUUUGAAAUAAAAUUUGAACUUUUACGGGGCCAAUCAUGUUUUUCAGGCCGUCAAAGUGCCACAAAAGUUAGCAAAAAAAUUUCAGCUAUGUCCCUACUUUUUUAUUUUUGGAAUGGCUAGAUAAACUCUCUAAGAACCCAAAUAUAAAUUUUCAAAGCCCUAGACCCUCUAGGAACAGAUUUGUGUUCAUUUGAGUAGACCUCAUUUGGCCGAAUUUCUAGUUUUUCGGUAAUUUGAGAGUCACAGACAGCCAACACGCGGCUGUUCUCGACGGAAUCAGAUUCAGCGUGAAAUUCUCUGCAAAUACACCUAACAAUUCAAAAUUUCUACGGGCCAUUGACUCUAAAUUUCAAGAUGUUUGUGCUGUAACUCCACAAAAGUCGCAUCCAAAAUGAACGGCAGACACCGAGCUUCUCAUUGCCAUUGGUGGUGCACGCGCCUCCGCCCGGUUAGCGCAGUGGCAGAGUGCUCACUCUGCAGUCUGGAGUUGUCGGGUUCAAAACUUUUGACCUCGAAAGUUGUUUUGCUUUCUUUGGACAUCAUUUCUGUUCAUUUCAUAUGUUGCCUCUUCGGUGUCAUUCACCAAACAGCGACAAGAAUCGCCUGCCAGAGAGACUCCGCCGCCUCCUCGGGCGCCGACCGGGGAGAAAACAGGCCAACUUUGAAGCGGUGUUACUCGGGAUGUACCGAAAAUUUUCGAGAAAAAAAUUGGGAGCGUACUAAUAUAGAGUGGGGGAACACAUUCCAACAAGAAUUUUAUGGAAAUUCAGAGUUUUGCUAAACUCGUUGCGGUACCUAAAUAUGAGAACAUGAAACGAUAUAAAGAGCCUCAAUAUUUAAGGACGGGCGUCUGGAAAACGGGUAAUCGAGCAAAUCGAAAAAACUAAGGAUCCUAAGAUUCUGAGCACUUGGAAAAGGUUCGAGGAUGGAUUGAGGAAGUUCGGGCAUCUCAAAAAGAACGAAACUGCUAAAGACAAGAUGGUUGAGGGCAAAGGAAAGAGUAUUUCCGACUUGUGAGUUUGAGAAAAAAGUCAUUUUUUCUAUUAAAUUUCGAUUUCCAGCUUCUAUAUCCCUGAAAGUGAAAUUGACUAUUAUGCUUCCCUCAUGAAUAUUUUCUACGAAAGCAAACUUUUCCUUGAACUGGCUGUCAAUAGAUUCCUGAGAUCUGUCAAUCAUCAGACGUAAGUUCUGUUUUUAGAAGACAUUAUAAGUCGCAAGUUUUCAGAUCUCAAACUAAAAACAGCAGUUAUUUAUGGGGAAAAAAACGCGGAUCAUGGGACAAAGUUUAUAAUAAAAAUAUGGAUGCGAUUCAUCCAAUCAAAAUGAGUAAAUUUGAGAAGUCAGGAGAAGGAAGGAAGAGGUUAGUACUACCACAGUACCCCGAGAAACGGUGCAUUUCAAAAAGUUCUCGAAGAACAAGACGAAUGAACACAAAAAAAACACCGUUUUCAGAUAUUGUGCAUCUGUGAUUCAAACGUGGGCGAACAUUUUGUUCUCCGGAUCUCGAAACUUUACGGUCAAACAGGAUACGGACGAAGAUUAUAAAAACGGUUGA